AUGCAAGGGAUAUUUAGUGAAAAUAAUUUAUCAGGUUUUCCUUCUACUAUAUACUAUAAUAAAUUCAUUCAAACACACAACGAAUGCGAGGGUGAUGACGAGGGAUUAAUUAAGGAUAUAUUAAAAAUUUAUAAUAGUAUUAAUGAUACAUCUUUCUUAAAAAAUAUUGUAGAUGCUAUAUGUUAUAUGCCGCAUCAUUUCAAAAAGACUGGUAAUGCAUCAGAAUUAUUCGAUUAUUUUUACUAUUGGUUCGGUAAUAUGAUAGUUGAUAAGGUAUCUAACGAUGAAGAGUUUAACUCAAUUAUGUUUUUACUGAAACCACUAAUAAAUAUGGCUCUAAGAGAAAAUAAAUAUAGGAGUCCAAAUUUUUAUAUUAGUAGAGUUAAAUUUAGAAAUAUGAAAAUAAUUUUCGAUUAUUCUAAAGAUUAUGGUAGUAUUCAACAUGCUCUUAGUGACAACAAUAAUAAAUGUUUCAGUAAGCAUAAUGAAUAUAUUGAAAAAGCUGUAUCUACGUAUGAUUUAGUGCACAAAGCGUGCAUUAUGAAUGAGAAUACAUCAUAUUGCAAUGUAUAUAAGAAAUCGUUCCCCAAUUACAAAAAUGAUAAAAAAUUAAAUACUUUAAAAUGUGAUGUAAAUGAAGAAAACCCCAUGGCACAUGACACAAGAGAAGAUCAUGCCCUGACACAAGGUUUUAGAGAAGCUAAUAGCCUACCAAUAGAAAUUCCUUUACCCGAUUCAAAGAAUGUUAAUAACAUAUCAUUUGCGCGCUGGUAUAGUUUAUUCUUAUUUUUCAUGGGGAUAUCCAUUGUAUUUCCCCUAUUAUAUAAAUUUACAUCAGUAGGAACUUGGACAAACAAACUAUUAAGAGAUAGUGGAAUGUUAUUCAGUAAAAUAAAAGAUAAGGAGAAAAAUAUAUUAAGAAAAGGAUUUUAUGAACCUGAUCAAUUAAAUUCCUAUAAUAACUACUUUAAUAUAUUAUAUAGACAUGAAUAA